AGGAGCACCCCUCUCUCCGAGCCGACUGUGCCGGGACCGUCCAUGCCUCUCCUAACCCAGCACGUUCAGGACGAGGACGAACAGUACUGCCUAGUGGCCAGCCUUGACAACGUGAGGAAUCUCUCCACGGUCUUGAAAGCCAUUCAUUUUAAAGAACACGCCGCGUGUUUUGCUACUAAAAAUGGACUCAAAGUUACAGUGGAAAAUGCAAAGUGCGUGCAAGCAAAUGCCUUUAUUCAGGCUGAAGUGUUUCAAGAAUUUAUCAUUCAGGAAGAAUCUGUUACUUUCCGAAUUAACUUAACUAUCCUUUUAGACUGUUUAUCUAUUUUUGGAUCAAGUCCUACGCCAGGGACGCUCACUGCACUUCGGAUGUGUUACCAAGGUUAUGGUCACCCUUUGAUGCUGUUUCUAGAAGAAGGAGGAGUGGUGACAGUCUGCAAAAUUAACACUCAGGAGCCUGAAGAGACUCUGGAUUUUGAUUUCUGUAGCACCAAUGUUAUGAAUAAGAUUAUCCUGCAGUCGGAGGGGCUCCGUGAAGCAUUUUCUGAGUUGGACAUGACAAGUGAUGUUCUACAGAUCACUGUGUCUCCUGACAAGCCCCAUUUCAGGUUAUCUACUUUUGGAAAUGCAGGAAGCGCCCACCUUGACUAUCCCAAAGAUUCUGACUUGAUGGAAGCAUUUCACUGUAAUAAGACACAGGUUAACAGAUACAAACUUUCUUUACUGAAACCCUCUACAAAGGCAUUAGCUUUAUCCUGCAAAGUAUCUAUUCGGACAGAUAAUCGAGGAUUCCUCUCCUUACAGUACAUGAUUAGAAAUGAAGAUGGGCAAAUAUGUUUUGUGGAAUAUUACUGCUGCCCUGAUGAAGAAGUUUCUGAGUCCUGAGUUAUUCAUUGUGAAUAUGUGCAUUAUGACUCCUGUCCCCAAAUAAAAAUACCCAAGACUAAUGAUGGUUGAAAAUGAUUCAGUGCUAUCCACCAAAAUUUGAGGGUGCCUUUGGAAUGCCCCACCCUAAAAUAGCACACAGAGCACUGGAAGAAGCAGGUGACUAAGGCCCAGGGUUACUAGUGAUGACUUGUGAGUAUCCCAGACAAUCUCAGCGUGUCCAGCAGCUACCAGGCAGGUCGAUAUUUGUGAACUGUAGUGUGUGUCUUGAGAAGGAAAUGGAUGAAUCUACUGAGUGUCAAAAUAUUUUCUGUUUCCGUGAACACUAAGAAUAGAACAGCCCUAAAAUGUAAUUAUGGAAGGGAAUUGGUUGACACUUGAGGGACUAUAGUUUUCCUUUAUAUUUAAAGUAAGAAAAUAUUAUAACACUUAGAAUUUUUCUAACUGGUUUCUACUAACCUCUCUCCAUCAGCACACACAAUACAUUAAAAAUUGGAUACACAUGAUUUUGGGGUUUGCUCAUUGUGUACCUAGAUAUUCAUUAAUAUUUGUUAGAUGGAAGAAUCUCUACUUUGAGAUUGUGUUUUAACUUGCUGUUUGUUAAACAGCUUUUUAAUUGAGUCUAUUGAUAGAUUUAGUUAAGAAGGGUAGGCAUCUGUACGUUUAAAACUAUCUUUUUAGGUGCAUAUGGUUGGGGGUUGUGGUUGUCUAGAUGGAUGUUUAAUUAUAUGUGUGGGUGUGUGCACUUGAGUGCAGGUGUCCACAGAGGACCAUCUGGAACUGGCGUUGCAGUUGCGAGUUUCCCCAGGUUGGUGCUGGGCACCAAACUCAGGUCCUCUCCAAGAACAUUACGUGCUCUUAAUCACUGAGCUGCCUAUUCAGCCCCAAAUCAUUCCAACAUCAAGGUGCUGAUUUAAUAAAGAAUUUUUAUGUAUGUUUUCCUUGACCUAGAGAUUUAUUUUUUAAGUGAACUUGCUGUGGAUGUCUUUCUGUGUGCUGUGAAUAUGUGUUGCUCUGAUUGGUUGAUAAAUAAAGCUGUUUGGCCUAUGUUAUGCCCUAAA